CUGGUUUGUUCGCCCACACCUUGCGCCUGACACCUCGUGCGUGCAUCCGCAGGGGUCUGGCAAUGAUGUGGCCACAAACAAAAAUAAAACGGCCAAAGGCGGGCGACAUUGGUGAAAGGCGACCUGACCUGACCAUGUAUGUCAUCAGCAGCAUGGCAUCAUGAGCAUGGGCCGGCCCAUGGGCACCCACUCGCUCUCAUGGCUGACCCUUGGAGCGUCAUUGUCCUGAGCUUGCUGGCAGUAUCCUGCUCGCCUGCCGGCUCGCUGCAAAUGACGACGGCGACGACGAUGAUGAUGAUGAUGAUGACAAACAAUGCUGGCGUACAAGACACUUGGUCUCAGGCCGAGCUCCACUCCGUCCAUACCUUAAAACCAAGUGCCGGCCGACAGCUGGCUCAAUGGUGCACGAAGUGCGGUGUGGCGCCUGGGGCGCCUGCGAGUCUAUCUUGGAUUCUUGGGCAGUGGCCGACAGCACGAAUGUGGCAUCUUCCGAGACCGGCAGAUGAGUGCCCAGACAGGACAUCUGGGCCACAGAAAAGAACAAGCCAGCCGGGAGUGAAUGACGAGCCCCUGGGCCGUUGUGGUGGUGAAGGCACCAGUCAGGCUGGCAGCACUGGCAGUGUCGAGGACACAGAGGACGAGCGAGAGCCAUACAGCCGGGCCAUGGACUGGAUGCCUCCACCGGAGUGCAGUCCGAACCAGCACACGCGCUAUUGCUGGGGACAUGCCUCAGUGUGCCCAGGUGGCUGUCUGAGCUGGUGCCUUACGUCAGAGGGGUGCAGACUGACAGAGCCUACCCCUCCAUUGGCCAGUCAGCGAUCGAGCGUGCUGAAGGACUGUGGGGCGUGCCCAAGCGACCUUCGGGAGGAGGCCAUCCCUGCCGACGCCCCUCCCCUCCGCAUGCACGGGUGCCCCUUGCUGAGCGCACCGGCCACCUCCUCUGCAUGCGUGGUUGAUCCAUCAUUCUCAUUCUGUGUGUCACGGGCACAUCGGCCUCUGGUUACGCCUCUGCUCACAUGGCACGGUUGUCCGUGGUUGACUCUGGUCCUCACCUGUCUCUUGUCCGACUGCCUGCAUCUUGAAGUGGCAUUUCCCCAGGUCUGA